CAGAUGGGGGGGAUCUUUACAUCCGCGAAACCGGAAGUUCUAUUGUUUGAGCUGCUUGCUGAAAAAGACGAGAAAACAGAAGGAAUAGAAGAUAGAGAAAGAAAGAGAAAGAGAAAGAGAGCGGACUGCCUUAUCCUGGUGAAAGCCAAGAAACAACGAUGGACUGUGUUUACAUUAAACAGGAGGAGGUUCUGGAAUUAGUCCCUAUCUGCAUUAAACAGGAGAUGCCUGAACUGGAGCCUGUCCACAUUAAAGAAGAGACUGAACUGGAGCCUGUCCACAUUAAAGAAGAGACCGAACUGGAUCCUGUCAACAUUAAAGAAGAGACCGAACUGGAGUCUGUCCACAUUAAAGAAGAGACCGAAAUGGAGCCUGUCCACAUUAAAAAGGAAAAGACUGAACUGGAGCCUGUCCACAUUAAAGAAGAAGAGACUGAACUAGAGCCUGUCCACAUGAAAGAAGAAGAGACUGAACUGGAGCCUGUCCACAUUAAACAAGAAGAGACUGAACUGGAGCCUGUCCACAUGAAAGAAGAGACUGAACUGAAGCCUGUCCGCAUUAAAGAAGAGACUGAACUGCAAUCUGUCCACAUUGAAGAGGAGUCUGUUGACUUGUUUAAGGAUUCAGAAAACAUAUACCAGCCAAGGAUAUCACAUCAGUAUACUGAAUGUAGGAAGAGCUUCAUUCAGUUAGGAAGCCUAAAAGCACACCAGCAAAUUCACACUGGAGAGAAGCCGUAUCACUGUAGUGAAUGUGGGGAGAGCUUCACUCAGUUAGGAAGCCUAAAAACACACCACCGAAUUCACACUGGAGAGAAGCCUUAUCACUGUGCUGAAUGUGGGGAGAGUUUCAGUCGGUCAGGAACCCUACAAAGACACCAGCGAAUUCACACUGGAGAGAAGCCGUAUCACUGUACUGAAUGUGGGGAGAGCUUCAGUCAGUUAGGAAGUCUAAAAGUACACCAGCGAAUUCACACUGGAGAGAAGCCGAAUCACUGUCAUGAAUGUAUGGAGAGCUUCAGUCAGUUAGGAAACCUAAAAAGACACCAACGAAUUCACACUGGAGAGAAACCGUAUCACUGUUUUGAAUGUGGGAAAAGCUUCACUGACAAAGGAACACUAAACAAACACCAGCGAAUUCACACUGGAGAGAAGCCGUAUCACUGUACUGAAUGCGGAGAGAGCUUCGGUCGCUUAGGCAGCCUAAAGAAACACCAGAGAAUUCACGCCGGAGCCAGCCUCCCCCCCUCCCAGUCCCUCACCUCUCCACCCUGCUUGUUUGUGUGUGUGGAGAGCUGUCUGAUUCCUUGUGUCUCUCUCACCCUACAGUAAAUGAAGGGAGUCCCCAGGAGUGAGAGCCAGCCUGAAUCCAGAGACACUGAGAAGGGGAGCGUGUCAAACUAAAGGAGACAGACCCAUUCUUUCAGAAUGAACUGGAGAGCCCUGGGAUUCAGCUCCACUCCUGCCCCUGAAUUGGAAAUGAAACUCACUCAUCAUGCUGUGAGGAUUUAGGACAGAGUUACAAUUAUUUGUUUCAGGGAUGGAAAUAAGACUUCAGUUGCAUAGCAGUUUGAUCAGUUUGUUACCUGUACACUGUGGCUAAUCAAGCUGCCAGUGAAACCUGGAAUGGGCAAAACUGCUAUGCAAUAGGAGUCUUAUUUCCAUCCCUGCUUUGUUUUAUUUCAAGUGGUGCAAACUUUGCACUGGAGCAAAUGCUGUUUUGGUUUUGAAUGGAUUUGAAUGAAUGAAUCUGCUCUGCUUAGUGUUUAAAUACUGAGAAACUCCAAGCUUGUUGUAUACUGGAGUCCUGUUUCAGUGCAAUGGGAUUGAAAUACAAUUCCUAUCGUUUAAUGGGUAGAUUGCUGUGUGUGCAAUUAUUAUGACAGACCCACAAUAUUAGAACUGUAUAAAUAUACUGUAAAACAUGAAAGGUUUGCAAACAAAUUUUGCAUGCAUUACUAAUCUGCAAAAACAUACAUGCUGCAACAUUACCAUUAUUACUACAUUCAUAGCUUAUACAGUUUAUGAAUAAUUGAUCUAAACAAUCUGCAGGAUGAAGUUGCCUCAGACUGGUUGACAGUAACAGAGCUGGUGCUUUUGUGGAAUCACCAUUAGCUGUUUAUUCCUUUUGGGCAAAAUAUGUCUUGUUUGCUUGUAUUUUGUAUCAGUAUUAUAUCAUUAGAGUGACAAUGCAGUACAUCCAAAGGCAGGCUUAGUUAUUUAGAAAGGAUUGGAUUGACAUUGAGUUUGAGUUCCUGUAUGUUUUCCAGUAUCUGUGUGUAUAAAGGGCACAUUAUUAUGUUUCCAUUACCUCUGUGUGUAAAAGGUUUGCAAUUGUUUAAACUGUCAAUGAUUCCUGAGAUACAGAUCUGCAGUGGAACUGAACAAACCCAAGGGAGACAUUGAACAAUACAAGCUUGUCAAAGGGGGAGAUGCUGCUGCAGGUUUGAUCAUACUGGCUUCAUGAAAUGAGAAAUGGAAUUCCCUCUGUGUCCUGGAAUUCCUUUGCUAGUGUAUCAUGAUGUAAGCCCUGGAGUGUGGGCUCAGUCUUCAUGAAAUGAGAAAUGGAAUUCCUUUGCUAGUGUCUCGUGAUGUAAGCCCUGGAGUGUGGGCUCAGUCUUCAUGAAAUGAGAAAUGGAAUUCCCUCUGUGUCCUGGAAUUCCUUUGCUAGUGUAUCAUGAUGUAAGCUCUGGAGUGUGGGCUCAGUCUUCAUGAAAUGAGAAGUGGGAUUCCUUUGCUAGUGUCUCAUGAUGUAAGCCCUGGAGUGUGGGCUCAGUCUUCAUGAAAUGAGAAAUGGAAUUCCUUUGCUAGUGUCUCAUGAUGUAAGCUCUGGAGUGUGGGCUCAGUCUUCAUGAAAUGAGAAAUGGAAUUCCUUUGCUAGUGUAUCAUGAUGUAAGCUCUGGAGUGUGGGCUCAGUCUUCAUGAAAUGAGAAAUGGAAUUCCUUUGCUAGUGUCUCAUGAUGUAAGCUCUGGAGUGUGGGCUCAGUCUUCAUGAAAUGAGAAAUGGAAUUCCCUCUGUGUCAUGGAAUUCCUUUGCUAGUGUCUCAUGAUGUAAGCCCUGGAGUGUGGGCUCAGUCUUCAUGAAAUGAGAAAUGGAAUUCCUUUGCUAGUGUCUCAUGAUGUAAGCCCUGGAGUGUGGGCUCAGUCUUCAUGAAAUGAGAAAUGGAAUUCCUUUGCUAGUGUCUCAUGAUGUAAGCCCUGGAGUGUGGGCUCAGUCUUCAUGAAAUGAGAAAUGGAAUUCCUUUGCUAGUGUAUCAUGAUGUAAGCCCUGGAGUGUGGGCUCAGUCUUCAUGAAAUGAGAAAUGGAAUUCCUUUGCUAGUGUCUCAUGAUGUAAGCCCUGGAGUGUGGGCUCAGUCUUCAUGAAAUGAGAAAUGGAAUUCCUUUGCUAGUGUCUCAUGAUGUAAGCCCUGGAGUGUGGGCUCAGUCUUCAUGAAAUGAGAAAUGGAAUUCCUUUGCUAGUGUAUCAUGAUGUAAGCCCUGGAGUGUGGGCUCAGUCUUCAUGAAAUGAGAAAUGGAAUUCCUUUGCUAGUGUCUCAUGAUGUAAGCUCUGGAGUGUGGGCUCAGUCUUCAUGAAAUGAGAAAUGGAAUUCCUUUGCUAGUGUAUCAUGAUGUAAGCUCUGGAGUGUGGGCUCAGUCUUCAUGAAAUGAGAAAUGGAAUUCCUUUGCUAGUGUCUCAUGAUGUAAGCUCUGGAGUGUGGGCUCAGUCUUCAUGAAAUGAGAAAUGGAAUUCCCUCUGUGUCAUGGAAUUCCUUUGCUAGUGUCUCAUGAUGUAAGCCCUGGAGUGUGGGCUCAGUCUUCAUGAAAUGAGAAAUGGAAUUCCUUUGCUAGUGUCUCAUGAUGUAAGCCCUGGAGUGUGGGCUCAGUCUUCAUGAAAUGAGAAAUGGAAUUCCUUUGCUAGUGUCUCAUGAUGUAAGCCCUGGAGUGUGGGCUCAGUCUUCAUGAAAUGAGAAAUGGAAUUCCUUUGCUAGUGUCUCAUGAUGUAAGCCCUGGAGUGUGGGCUCAGUCUUCAUGAAAUGAGAAAUGGAAUUCCUUUGCUAGUGUCUCAUGAUGUAAGCCCUGGAGUGUGGGCUCAGUCUUCAUGAAAUGAGAAAUGGAAUUCCUUUGCUAGUGUCUCAUGAUGUAAGCCCUGGAGUGUGGGCUCAGUCUUCAUGAAAUGAGAAAUGGAAUUCCUUUGCUAGUGUAUCAUGAUGUAAGCCCUGGAGUGUGGGCUCAGUCUUCAUGAAAUGAGAAAUGGAAUUCCUUUGCUAGUGUCUCAUGAUGUAAGCCCUGGAGUGUGGGCUCAGUCUUCAUGAAAUGAGAAAUGGAAUUCCUUUGCUAGUGUCUCAUGAUGUAAGCCCUGGAGUGUGGGCUCAGUCUUCAUGAAAUGAGAAAUGGAAUUCCUUUGCUAGUGUCUCAUGAUGUAAGCCCUGGAGUGUGGGCUCAGUCUUCAUGAAAUGAGAAAUUGAAUUCCUUUGCUAGUGUCUCAUGAUGUAAGCCCUGGAGUGUGGUCUCAGUCUUCAUGAAAUGAGAAAUGGAAUUCCUUUGCUAGUGUCUCAUGAUGUAAGCUCUGGAGUGUGGGCUCAGUCUUCAUGAAAUGAGAAAUGGAAUUCCUUUGCUAGUGUAUCAUGAUGUAAGCCCUGGAGUGUGGGCUCAGUCUUCAUGAAAUGAGAAAUGGAAUUCCUUUGCUAGUGUAUCAUGAUGUAAGCCCUGGAGUGUGGGCUCAGUCUUCAUGAAAUGAGAAAUGGAAUUCCUUUGCUAGUGUAUCAUGAUGUAAGCCCUGGAGUGUGGGCUCAGUCUUCAUGAAAUGAGAAAUGGAAUUCCUUUGCUAGUGUAUCAUGAUGUAAGCCCUGGGGUGUGGGCUCAGUCUUCAUGAAAUGAGAAAUGGAAUUCCUUUGCUAGUGUAUCAUGAUGUAAGCCCUGGAGUGUGGGCUCAGUCUUCAUGAAAUGAGAAAUGGAAUUCCUUUGCUAGUGUAUCAUGAUGUAAGCCCUGGAGUGUGGGCUCAGUCUUCAUGAAAUGAGAAAUGGAAUUCCUUUGCUAGUGUAUCAUGAUGUAAGCUCUGGAGUGUGGGCUCAGUCUUCAUGAAAUGAGAAAUGGAAUUCCUUUGCUAGUGUAUCAUGAUGUAAGCCCUGGAGUGUGGGCUCAGUCUUCAUGAAAUGAGAAAUGGAAUUCCUUUGCUAGUGUCUCAUGAUGUAAGCCCUGGAGUGUGGGCUCAGUCUUCAUGAAAUGAGAAAUGGAAUUCCUUUGCUAGUGUCUCAUGAUGUAAGCCCUGGAGUGUGGGCUCAGUCUUCAUGAAAUGAGAAAUGGAAUUCCUUUGCUAGUGUCUCAUGAUGUAAGCCCUGGAGUGUGGGCUCAGUCUUCAUGAAAUGAGAAAUGGAAUUCCUUUGCUAGUGUAUCAUGAUGUAAGCCCUGGAGUGUGGGCUCAGUCUUCUCUGCUGCCUGCUUGUUCUCAGUGUGUGAGUUCAGCUGCAUUUCCAGUGUCCUGAGCUGGGCUUUGAACCCACUGGAGACGCAGCUGAGAACAAACCAGACCCACGACUCAGAGAUUUUGUUUUAGGUCAAAUAACAAGAUAAGAAACCUUAUACGCAGAACUCUGUUUUAUUGAUGUUUUUUUUUUCUAUGAAUGUAUUACUUCGAAUCUCUUUGCAUUGUGUUGCAAUUUUGACACUGUCACAUUUCAUAUUAAAAAUCACAGCUAAGUCUGUUAGAAAUAGACUACAGAUAUGACCAGAGGUUUUGCCUCACUCUAUAGAAUGAACUAAUUUUGCUUCAUAAAGUCGAAUGAAACCUGCUGAAUAAUGUUAACAUAUUGAAUCACACACCGCUUUGUAGUUAUCCAUAUACUUAAUGAAAAACGUGACAUUUUGGAAUCUAACAUGAAAUGCAGUGCUAGUAUUUUGGCUUCUACUAGAGUUUUGUUAUAUAGUUUUGUAGUUUCUUUGAUUACAUGAUGUUAAAUAAAAUAUCUAAACUAUGGCCAUAUGUUUUGUUUUAAUGCAUUUGAGUUGAGAAUCCUAAACUUUUACGUUUUAACUACGGCUAUGAACAAAAGUUUUGCAUCACCCGAUAAGAUGAAAUAAUUUUGCUUCAUAGUUGAAUGAAAGCUGCUGAAUAAUGUUACAUUAACAUAUUAAAUGACACACUGCUUUGUGUCUGUAUGCUUUAAAAAGCUGAGAAAUUGAAAUCUAACAUGGAAUACUGUACAAUGAUGGCUUCCAGGAGACUUGCGAUCUCAUUGUGUAGAUCAGAGGUUCCCAAACUUUUGAUUGCCGCGUACCCCCUUCCAGACCUAUCACCUGUCUGCGUACCCCUAGCAUACAGAUUUAUAUUUUCAUGUUGUUUUUAAUAUAUGCUUUCAUAAUACACAGAUUUAUACACAUACACAAUAAUAUACUUACAAUAUAAAUGACUAUAAUAAUAUAAUUACGGCUUCUGAUUUUAGGGUUUAACCGAUAAAACACCCCUGAUACAAAAAAAAAAAAAAAAAAAAAUCUGUGUAUAAUGAACACCAGAAAAACACUGGAAACAUACUCAAUUCACAUGACUCAAAAACCUAAUACAUAAAAAACAAACUACCUUUCCCUAACUCGUAUUGAUUAGUUCUGAAUACUUUCUCGACUGGAGGCUUGUUCGCGGGAUUUAAAGCUAUAUUACAGUUAAGAUACGUAGGAUUUAAAACAGAAUUGCAAAUUGUGGCGAAAUGUAAAACAAAUGCCUAAACACAAAAACCCCAGAAGAAUGUGUCCGUGACCACAGGGAUUUCGUUGUGGAAGACAACAAAGGAAAGAAGGUACAGAGUGUGGUACUGUACAGUUACUACUUUGUGACAGAAAAAAAACAAGCAUUUUGUAAAGUACAGUAACAGAAAACAACAAUUUCAUACAGUACAUAAAAAUCGAAAGCUCUGAAACAACAAUUUACAUAAAAAUCGAAAAUAGCUCAUCAUAACCACCAAAAAAAUGUAAUUAAUAAAAAACUAAAAACAUACAUCAUAAAUAUAAUACAUUUAAUUCAUGUUGUGCAAUUAUUGGUGGUGAGAGUUCUGUACGUCACUGUCCCUGUGUAUCCUUGUUCUCAUUGUAACCUCUUGGAGGUUUGCAAAACGAGCACACCGCAGCGUUGAUCCCAAGUGUCCCGCUGCUGCGAGAUUGUCUUGCACGGCUCUCUGUUUGUUUCUCCAUUUCACGGCAGAAACUGAAAGGAAUUUCCAAUGCGUUUUAAAGUUUUGUGUGAGUAUGACAAGUCUUAUGAAAAUGCAAAAAACUAAAAAAAAAUGUACGCCAUUACACAAUUUGUCACGCGUACCCCCUAAACACGUCUCGCGUACCCCUGGGGGUACGCGUACCACAGUUUGGGAACCUCUGGUGUAGUUUAAUUGAUACUUCAUGAUAAAUAAAGUAUCUAAAUUAUGUUUUCUUUUAAUUGUCUCAAUCCUAAAAUUCUAGGUGAUGCUAAACUUUUGUCCGAGCUGUACAUAUAAAUCAGCACUGCCAUUAAAGUAGAAUGUUUAAAUCUUUAUAUAUUGUGUAUCGAUUGCAUUCUAUAAGACAGUGUGAAGUGUAGAUCAUGCUAUUAAAAGAGAACACCUUUACACAUUUCACUAUUCAGAAGCCACUAAUAAACUUUGCAUUGAUUUCACACUGAA